AUGGACGCGCGCUGGGCCGCCGAGGAGAAGCCGCCCCACGUGUCCUCGGGGACGACAGCCGUCGUCGCCGUUCUCCGGGGGAAUUCGCUCGUGGUGGCGUCGGUGGGCGACUCGCGGUGCGUCGUGGCGACGUCCGACGGCGACGACCUGUCGGGCAUCUCGCUGACGACGGACCACGACCCGUCGCUGCCCGUGGAGAAGGCGCGCAUCACGGCCGCGGGCGGCUACGUCGUCGACGGCCGCGUGUUCCUCGACGCGGACGGCACGCAGCUGGGCCUCGCCAUGUCGCGGUCCCUCGGCGACCGGCGGCUCAAGGCCGCGGGCGUCGUGUCGACGCCGACGCUCCAGACGCGCGACGUCAAGGGCGACGCGUACGUCGUGCUCGCGACGGACGGCAUCUGGCAGGUGCUCGGCGUCGACGCCGUGGCGCGCGCGCUCGAGGGCGACGAGGCCGACGCGGAGUACUCGUGCAAGAACCUCAUCAUCGAGGCGACGGCGCUCUGGGGCCUGGAGGUGUCCGACUACCGCGACGACAUCACGUGCAUGGUCGUCAAGUGCAACCCGCUGACGCUGACGGACGUCCAGGCGUCCUACGUGUCCGUCGCCGCGGUGCGCAAGCACCCCGUCAAGGAGCGCGCGCCGGAGCAAUGA